GUUAUAUGACGUAUGUUGCGGGCCUACUGCUUCCGUGAGGUCACACAGGGAUAUUUCAUUUUCAAGUGCAUUAAAAGUGUGUAUGUAUUAUUGGGCGUCAUCCUUCAGCUUUGAGUUUUUAGAUGUUGAAAUAUUUUGCAUGUUGGAAUGCUGUGUUUCGAGAUAGUUAAAUAACAUGGAGAACAAUGGAAGGCCUUCAGCCCCACAAAUUAUUUUAUUGGCUUCUAGCUCCGCUUUGACAACAAUCUUGUACAUGGUAUACAGAAGAAGAUCUGAAGUUGUACGCAAGUUGAAGGAAGCCGCAAAGCUUUCAAUAACCGAUGAACUGAAAGAUGUUUUGACGCAGGCUCCAGGAAAAUGUGUCCCCUAUGCUGUUGUUGAAGGAGUAGUUAAAGCUGUGCAAGAAACACUGGAUAGCCAGUUUGUAAAAAAUUGCAAAGGAGUGAUUCAACGACUGACCCUGAAAGAGCAUAAAAUGGUAUGGAAUCGAACAACGCAUCUUUGGAAUGACUGUGAGAAAAUAAUUGUCCAACCAACAAACACUGUACCCUUUGACUUGGCAUCACAUGAUGACAGCAUCAGGACCUCUGUGAGAGUUGUGAGGCCGCUUGAUGUUUCUGAACUAGACCUUGAAACAGUUUACGAAAAAUUCCACCCUACAGUUCAGUCUUUCAGUAAUGUGAUUGGACAUUUUAUUAGUGGAGAGCGGCCAAAAGGCAUCAGGGAGACAGAAGAGAUGCUGAAAGUGGGCACAGCAAUAACUGGAGUAGGAGAGGUAGUGUUGGAAAACAAUCUUAUAAAACUGCAGCCUCCCAAACAGGGAAUGCACUACUUUAUUAGCCAGCUGGAUUACGAAGGUCUUCUGCAAAAACAACAGUCAAAAGUAAGGACCUGGAAGAUCUUGACUGUGGCUUUUGGUGUUGCAACAUGCAUUAUUUUCUUCCUCGUACUAAGAAAGCAAUACAGACGCUACAGAGAACAAAAAAGGCUCCGGGCCCUUCAAGAUGAGCUCCGGGAGCAGCAGAGGAAGUCUGCAGACUGGACUGAAGAAUCCAUUUCACCAAAUACCUGUGUGAUCUGUUUGAGCCGAGAUCGAUGUUUUGUAUUUUUAGAAUGUGGACAUGUCUGUUCUUGUGAUGAAUGCUAUCGUGCAUUGCCUGUGCCAAAGACAUGCCCCAUCUGUAGAAAGAACAUUCUAAGAGUUGUGCCACUCUACAACAGUUAACAAAAGAUCUUCUAAGAAGCCUUUGGGUACUUUCUUUAAAAUAUAUAUAUAUAUUUGCUUUUUAUUCUGACCUGAUUUACUCCAGAAGCUUUCUUUAAUGUGAGCAAAUUGCUGCUACUGGAAGAAAAGUGCCGUUGAAAUCUCUUGGUAUCUUUUUUUUUUUUUUGUCAUCAAAUCUUUGAAAACAUUUAAUAAUGUACACAAAACCUGAUAUGAUUCAGUGCUGUUCCCUUGUACAUCAAUUUCUAGGUAUUUUGCUUAAUGCAGAGAAUGGGAAACUAAUGGAUGGUGUCCUUUGAAGUCCUUUUAGCGCUGGGGCUACUCCAUUCACUUAUAAGACCAGGCAAAGCUGUGAUUCUCAUGCCUCCCCAAGAGUGUCUGCCCUUUUCUCUAGUUGCAUUUAGGGAUAAAUCGCGCCACCAGCCAUUCACUGAAUUAUAUUAGUUCUGCUGAGGAAAUUUCAAGCACCUUUUAUAGAGUGAGUGAUAACAGUUCUAUCAGUGGCGUUCUAAGCCUAUCACUUCAUUCAUUAACUUCAGACUAACGGGAGACCCCAGUCAAGAAAUUCUGUUCUUUCAUUUACAGCUGAGUAAACAAAUGGAAAGGGCUGACCGUUGGUCCAGUAGUAAAUGGCAAGCAAUACUUGACUAUCACAACCUUAUUUUCUGCAUGGUGUUUCCAGCAGUGCUCUAUCUAGCAGCAUUGCUCAAAAAAGGAUGCCUUUACUCAUGAUGACAUCCUUGCAUUCUGAUUUUCUAAUAUUUCCUAAAACUUUCUGCAAGUUGGUGCUUCUUAAUAGUGCAGUGUUGCUGUCAUGGGAUGUUUCAAAAGGUUUUCUUGUGUGUGCCGAAUAUGUUACCCGAGUGAAUAUAAAAUAAUGUAAAGAAAGCAUGAAAGGUAGCUGAAACCAGCUGCUAAAGUAGCAGAAACAUCUAAAAUGCAGGGAUACUUAAACACUUCCAUUGUAAAACCAAAAGCACAGCUGGAAAGAAAACAGUAAUGUGUCAGUUAUAAUGGAAACUUUCACACGCUGUAAGGAACUGUGAAUGUGUCACUUGUCUACAUGUAAACCAUAUUUUCAGAAAUUCGUAGCAAUAGUAUUUACUGUAUGUCUAUAAUGGAGAAGAAACUACAGGCAUAUGGAUAGUCUUCUACUUCAGCCUUUAUUUUCUCAAUGUAUACACUUUAUAUUGUAACACGAUCUACAUUUUGAUUUCAUCCUUUCAAUGGAUUACAUAUUUUAGGUAUUCCAGAACAUUAUCUGUCCAAUUUAUAGGCAUGUAAGUCUGUGCACAUGAUCCCUCAAUUCAAAUGAAGCUUGCCACACAGUUUUUACCAUUUCUGAAAUAACAGAGGUGUAUUGAUUUUAUCCAACAGAGCUAAUGAUUUUGCACUCAUUAGCCACAGCCACUGCUAAAUUGGAGAAGAAGAAUAGGAAUAUUGCUUUUUUUCUCAAUGAGAUAAUGAUUCUUCCAUCUUUCACAACAUAAAAUAUUGGCUUGGAAUAUUGGCUGUAAUUUUGUGUAAGUGAAAAAAAAAACAAAUACUGGACAUUUUUUUUUCUUUCUUUGGAGUACUUGAGAUGUAUACUUAAUCCUGUAGGUCAGGGGACCUCAAGUUCAGUCCCGGAGGGCCUCAGUGAUUGCAGGUUUUUCUUCUAACCCAGUUGGUUAUUUGGAAGCCAAUCUUUUCCAGUAACAGAAUUUCUUUAGCUGUGUGGCUUGUUAGUGUUUUCAGGCUGUUACUUUGGAUCACCAUUAUAUUGUACAUUUUUUUUUCCUCUCCAAGGAUAUUAUCCAAAUGAUUUGUGGUUGGGAACAUAUUAGUAAUUCUCAGUCCUUCAUGUUUUCCCAUUAUUUCAUUUAAACAGAUGAACACAUCAAGAUGUCGGUUAGAUGGUGAGCUGUUGUUCCUUUUGCAGUUUGCAUCUCAUUCUUAAUUGACAGCUGCUUAAGAAAACAAGAAGUAAUUAACAGUUGAAAUGUAACUGUUUUAAGACUAAAAUAAACAUUUGAGGGUUGUGAAUCUCAACAAGGGAGUGCACUUAAAUGAAGCACAAAAACUGAAGGGGAUCGAGCUACAGGUGUUGGGUGCUUUGGGAUUCAGGAGCUCAGAUGAACAGCCAGUUGGAUUGUAUAUUUAUGUCACAUUACGUACACAGUGAAAUCUCUUGAGAAAGGGUCAGGCUGUGGCCCAUGGCACUACAAGACACUUCUACUCAAUAGCCGUCAUUACUUCUGAGUAAAUUAACACCUUCCACAACCCUAAUCUUAAGAAAGGAGGUUUUAUGAGAUGAACACGCGAGGAACACCUUUAGCAUGUUGAGAAAGACACAAAUGACUGAGCUUUUCAUGUAAAAUGACUAAAGUUUAAUGCAAAGGCCUCUAAACAUCACCAAUGUGUACAGGUUGAUUAGUUCAUCAACAGAAACUAAGUCCUAGGAUUUAACCUGAGGAGCACUGAUGUAGCUGCUGCCUAUAUCUGCCUUUUCGGACUACAGACUAUCAGUCUAGUGCCACUUCUGUUACAAAAAUCAGACUUGGCCACGUGACAGGGACAUGUUGGGCUCACGUUUCUUUCACACUUGUACGAUGUUUUUUAAUUACAGAGAUAGAAUGAAAUGUAUCCAAGUGCAAAUGUGUACCCAAAUUUCUCAACUUUUUUAUUGUGUAACUCUCAGCGCCCUCAAGAUUUGAAAAUGCAUGUUAUAAAAGUCUUGACUGGAUUUGAUUUUAAGCUUCAACUUUUUUUUUGUGCGUGUGGAAGGCUGAUUAAAUAGAAAAAUGUUUAAACAGUAUUAAUCUGGUAAUUUCACAUCUGCUAUAAAAUAUAAGUACUGUUUAUGAAA